AUGUUCGGAGUUUGUCAUGUUUUUAUUCUGAACAGAGACAGUACCGACUCAGUCAAAACUCUAAAUAAGUAAUUGCGUCAAAAAAAAACAACACGAGUUAAAUAUCUCCUCAGAAGGCAUUUCAACAAAAGACCGUUGCGGUUCUUUCGAUAUGUAGACGAUUACUUUUGCCUAGCUGCAUCCUAACCAAUCGUAGACAGGCGGCUUCCUAAUCAACCAAGAAUCAUUCAUUAUUUCAAAACUCUUUCUUGAACCUUAAUUUUCACCUCGUACUUCCGUGAUAUCCUAUUUUUAUUUCUGUUUACGGUACUUGAUUAACAAUACUGUAUGUUUUUCAUAGCGUAUUAAUCUCUGGAGGCAACCGGGUUUUGCAAAAACAACAAUCUACCUGCUCUGUUAUAUAUAUUUUUCACAUCUGUAAAAUCAAGCUGUAAUGUCAAAUAACAUUACUAAACAUUUUUUGUAUUUUGCUUUUGGGAGCAACUUGCUUAAGGACAGACUGCAACUGAAUAAUCCGUCCGCAGAGUUUUACUGCAAGGGCAGGAUAAAGGAUUACACUUUGAAAUUUGGAAACUGGAAGGGGAUUGAGAAUUCUUGGCAUGGUGGUGUUGCCACUAUCACGGAAAGUCUGGGAGAUGAAGUGUGGGGAGUUGUCUGGAAAAUGAACAUAAGUGAUCUACAGAGUUUAGAUAAGCAAGAAUCUGUAGAAAUGGGAAUGUACAGUCCCUUGGAGGUUACAGUGGAAACAGAAGAAGGUGAACUCAGCUGUCGAACCUAUAAGAUGAAUGAAUGUGUUGUUACUGCUACUUCGCCUCAGUAUAAACAGGUUUUCUGUUUAGGAGCCAAACAGAACAGUCUGCCAGUCGAAUAUAUAAAGAAGCUGGAGGCUGUUGAAACCAACAACUAUAGUGGACCUACCCCACUGAAUCAAAUUGGGAAUGUUAUGAAAUAAGGUGUCAAGAUAAAAGAUAAAAACACAUAUUAUAGGGUUAUAGGACAGUGAACAGCUGUGUAUGUGGGUAAGCAGUGUGGAGCAGUGUGGAGUAGUGGUUAGGGCUCUGGGCUCUUGACCGGAGGGUUGUGGGUUCAAUCCCCAGUGGGGGACACUGCUGUUGUACCCUUGAGCAAGGUACUUUACCUAGAUUGCUCCAGUAAAAACCCAACUGUAUAAAUGGGUAAUUGUAUGUAAAAAU